GGCGCAGGCAGCCCGGCGCGGGGCGCGGCGACGCAGGACCCCGGAGGCCUCGGUGGCGGCGGCGGCGGCGGCCCGGGCGGCGGCGAUGCUGUGGCCGCGGCUGGCGGCGGCCGAGUGGGCGGCGCUGGCCUGGGAGCUGCUGGGCGCCUCGGUGCUGCUCAUCGCCGUGCGCUGGCUGGUGCGGCGGCUGGAGAAGCGGCCGCGGGGCCUGGGCCGGAGCGCGACCCCCGCGCCGCCGCCCCGCGCAGCCGGGGCCCCAGACCCAGGUGAAAUGACAAUGGAUGCUGUCUUGGCUCGGUUGAAACUUCUGAAUCCAGAUGACCUUAGAGGAGAAGUGGUCAAAGCCGGAUUGAAAUGUGGACCCAUUACAUCCACCACACGGUUCAUUUUUGAGAAAAAACUGGCUCAGGCUUUACUAGAGCAAGGAGGAAGGCUGCCUUCCUCUCUUCCCGGCCAUGAGGCAGGUGGCGCAUCUCUAAGCCAAGACACACAGAGGUUUCUGAAGUCUGCUGCAGGGAACCCCACCGAGCAGCCCGGUUUUUCUGAAGACAGAGACUUUGGUUAUAGCGUAGGCCUGAAUCCUCCAGAGGAAGAUGCUGUCACGCCGCAGGCCUGCUUGGUGCCCCUGAGUGCUGCGGCCACCCUCGGGGCCAGAGCCGGAGCCGGAGGGACAGCCUCUAAGGAGCCGCCUCUGUACUACGGGGUGUGCCCCGCCUACGAGGACAUCCCAGCGAGAAACGAAAGGGUCCACGUCUAUGAAAAUAAAAAGGAAGCAUUGCAAGCUGUCAAAAUGAUCAAAGGGUCCCGAUUUAAAGCUUUUUCAACCAGAGAAGAUGCUGAGAAGUUUGCUAGGGGAGUUUGUGAUUAUUUCCCUUCUCCAAGCAAAACCUCGCUACCACUUUCUCCUGUGAAAACAGCACCACUCUUUAGCAAUGAUGGUUUGAGCUUGUCUGAAUCAGAAACCGUAAACAAAGAGCGAGCGAACAGUUAUAAAAAUCCCCGCACGCAGGACCUCACUGCCAAGCUUCGGAAAGCCGUGGAGAAGGGAGAAGAAGACACCUUCUGCGACCUCGUCUGGAGCAAUCCCCGGUAUCUGAUCGGUUCGGGAGACAACCCGACCAUCGUGCAGGAAGGCUGCAGGUACAACAUCAUGCACGUCGCCGCCAAGGAGAACCAGGCUUCCAUCUGCCAGCUGGCGGUGGCCACCCUGGAAAACCCCGACUUCAUGCGGCUGAUGUACCCGGACGACGACGCGGCCAUGCUGCAGAAGCGCAUCCGCUACAUCCUGGACCUCUACCUCAACACGCCGGACAAGGUGGGCAACGACACGCCGUUGCACUUUGCUUGUAAGUUUGGGAACGCAGACGUGGUCAACGUGCUUUCUUCACACCAUCUGACUGCGAGAAACCCAAGGAAUAAAUAUGAUAAAACACCUGAAGAUGUAAUUUGUGAAAGAAGCAAAAAUAAAUCUGUGGAACUGAAGGAGCGGAUCAGAGAAUAUUUAAAGGGUCACUACUACGUGCCGCUUCUGAGAGCAGAAGACACUUCCUCUCCGGUCAUCGGGGAGCUGUGGUCCUCGGACCAGGCGGCCCAGUCCUCUCCUGGGGGCCGCUGUGGAGGCAGCCCCAGAGACCCCGUGCUGACCCUGAGAGCCUUCGCAGGGCCCUUGAGUCCGUCCAAGGCAGAAGAUUUUCGCAGACUCUGGAAAACUCCACCUCGAGAGAAAGCAAGCUACUUUCACAGUAUCAGGAAAUCUGACCCGGAGAGAGGCUUUGAGAGAGUGGGAAGGGAUCUAGCUCAUGAGCUGGGGUAUCCCUGGGUUGAAUACUGGGAAUUUCUGGGCUGUUUUGUUGAUCUGUCUUCCCAGGAGGGCCUGCAAAGACUAGAAGAAUAUCUCGAGCAGCAGGAAAUGGGCAAAAACGCUCAACGAGAAACAGGAGGAAAGAAAGCCUGCUGCAGAGACGGGGCCCUCACCUCUGGCAGCGGGAAGACCUGUAGCAAUUCCAUCUCCGUGGGGGCGUUUCUAGAUGAAGAUGAUAGAAGCUUCGAAGAAAUUAAAAAUCUGCAAAAUAUAGCUCGAAACGCCAGCCAGCCCACAGUCAGUGCUUCUGCAAGCCCAGGUUGCAGCAGCCUCCCCGUGGAGCAGAAGGCGGACUUCAUAGAAGCCUCAGAACCGGACAGCCCCCACGGCAGCAGAAACGGGUUUUGCAGUCCUCUGAGUCACGAGACGCUGGGUGGGAAGAGGCCAGAGUCCCCCAGCGACGAGGAAGCAUUUCUGUCACCUGUCUCUGGUUUGAGUGCUGAGUUUGAUAAACUGAAUUUGCAAAAUCUAGGAAGUAGCUUUUGCAAGGCACCAAAUAAAAAUAUGAAAACUAAAGAUAAGGACAUCCUGACUUCAAGAAUGGACCCAGUAGAAAGUGACUUGUUGGCACCUCCUGCUGCAGACGGACUCGGAAAUAACCAAAGACCGACGGAAAGUGAAAUGUCAGCUGGAAUUGCUAAGAUGUCCUUGGGUCCCAGCAGCCCCGGGCGGGAGACCCCGAGUGGGUGUGGCCCUCAGUCUCCCGUAUCCGCCCCCACCUCAAAGGAAACCGUCCAGAGGCUCUUCCUUUUUGGAGAGGAGCCAUCAAAACUAGAUCGAGACGUGUUGGCGGCUAUUGAACGUGUAGACGUUGACCCUCAUCACUACCCAGCCGUCCACAGGUGGAAGAACGCCGUCCUGUGCUACUCGCCUGCAGACAGGCAGAGCUGGCCGAGCCCCGCACUGAAAGGAAAGUUCAAGUCUCAGUGGCCGGAUGUCGGGGGCCCGCACAGCUGCAGCCCCGGGAGAAGCGGUCCUGCCGGAAGCAGCCCUGGGAAGCCCGGCCAUGCCCCCUGCUUCCCCGGCCUGGGCAGUCCUGGGCGCCACAGCCCUGCACACGGGAGCCACCUCCGCAGGACCACGCGCCUGGCUGAGCUUGCCGCCCUAUAGGGUCGGUACUCGCUACUGGGCUCCUGCUUUGCUCUCCAUUUUUACAGAAAGGGUAAUACAUUUAUUGCUAAAAUUUCACAAAAGAUUAUAUUCUGAUUAACUUAUUAAUCUUCACUUUGAGAGUGUACGAACUUUAGAAAAUACAAGUAUUCUAUGUAAAAUUUAGAUUUCUGGUAUGUUGGAAGAAGUUAAUGAAAGCAAACUCAGAUACAAAUUUUGUGGAAAAUGUCGAUGUAGUAGCGGUACAGACCUCUCAGGUAGCAGUUCCCAGGUCUGGGACAUAAGAGGAGGGGUGCGGAGGCCAUUUGCUGAUGGGUCGUGUGCUUGCCAGACCACCUGGGCAGAUGCUCCAGACUCGGAGGGAGCCGCUGAGUCGUCAGCACUGGCGUCCCUGCAAGGUCAAUCGUGGGUCAUCUCGCCUUUUCCUGGGGGCAGCUCCUAGACUGUCUGGUCCACCAUGAUGCCAAAACCCUAGGUUUGCCGGUUGACCCUUGUGGUUUAGACAGAGGAAGGAGGUAGAUGGCAGGGCAGCAGUGAACCUGGAGUAUAAUCUGGGUCAUUGAAAACGUUUAAAUUAUUGACCAGAAGAUAAAAAUAGCUUUUCUCUUAGGAAAAGUCUAGCCAUUGGGAGUUUCGCAAAUAGUCCCACAAAACUCACCAGCAAUAAUGAAAAGGUGUUUUAUUUUUCACCAGCACUUGAGCUUUCAGUCUACUUUAUUUAGUUGCCAAUGUAGUGAUAAUAAAAUAAUCUGUAAAUAGUUUCCUAGUUUUGAAAUUUAUUCUUAGGAUUUGCUAAGCAUAAAUGAUUAUAUGGCCAACUAUGGCAGAUAUGUCCUUUAUUUUAGAAUUCAUUCCAGUUGGGGUUUCCUUUAUAAAAGAGUAUUGCUUUACAGUGCAGAAACCACAAGUUUGAGUCCCGUUUCAGUUCCCUGUAACGCUUGUUGCAACCUCGGCCCUCGGCCCUGGCCUGGGGAGGGUCUGCGGCGUGUGUGGGGAGCAGGGGACAGAGCGCAGCACCGUGUGCCCAGCACUCCCCGGAAGAGCUCACCUGGUUGAAGGCUGAUUUCCUCCUGGGUGUCACAAACAACUGCUCACACACAAGCAGUAUUUUGUGAGCAUUUCUAGUGUUUAAUCCAAAAGGAAAAACUGCCAAUGUUUUUGCUAACUUCAGUGCCUUUUGUAAAUCAUUUUUAAUUUUCCUGAACUUGCUUUUUGAGAAUAUACAGUGAUACUAUGUAGGUGUAAGAUUGUUUUUUGUUUGUAAAAAUUCUGAACUGCAAUGUGUAUUAAAAAAAAAAAAAAAGCUUAUUUCAGCCAA